GAGUAUCAGCUUGCACAAAAGGGUUCUUCUGUCCUUUCUGAGACACUAGGCUAGGCUCGCUAGUGGCCCCAUUACCUAGUGUGCCCAGAAUUUUAGUCUUGAACAAGUUUCCAAUAGAAAAGAUUCUCUUUUAUCUUUUUUUUUUUUUAAUUUUUAACUGUCAACAUUGAGAAAUGGCUGCUAUCAUACAAUUUUGAGCUAAUAACACAACAAGAACGGCCCAGAAAAGCAAAYUAACUUCCCAACCCCAAAAGCACAGCGAUCAUCAGUUCGGGCCCGCAGCGACUCUCCGCAAGGGACCCSGCCUGAACCCCGAUAGGGCAGCAGCUCCGCCCUCCGCUCGCGGAGUCCUAGCCCACCCGGCUCAGGGGCGCGCGGCGGGUUCUCGGACUGGCACUUGCAGCCGCCGCGGCCAUUUUGGAUGAGGGCUGGAAGACAAAGCGGCGGGGAAAUACCCGGCUGGCAUCACCGUGGGCAUGACGGCGUGGGAGCAAAGUUCGAGAGGCCGUGUUGCCGCCAUUUUUAUGAAGGCAACUCCCGGUUCUGAUUAUGUAUCCGUCGCUCUCAGUUCUCAUCCACUCCAGUGGGCCCAGGAGAGGCCCGGUCUUGCCCUGUCUGGGUCCUAAUUCCCGCCCUCCGAACCCUGAGCCCGGGCUGGGGAGGCGUUCUUAAGCGCGGGACGCUCCGCAGAGCCAGGUUCGGUAGGGGGAGGUGGCUGGCCUGUCGCCGGAGCUGGCAGUUUCCAUGGCGCCGCCUCUGGCUCCUGUCCCGGCCCGGGAACCGAAUGGGGCCGGGGCCGAGUGCAGGGAGCCCGGGGCCGUGAGCUUCGCGGACGUGGCCGUGUACUUCUCCCUGGAGGAGUGGGGGUGCCUGCGGCCGGCGCAAAGGGCGCUGUACCGGGACGUGAUGCGCGAGACCUACCUCCACCUGAGCGCUCUCGGAGGCGGAGGCACCAAGCCAGCGCUCAUCUCCUGGGUGGAGGAAGAGGCCGAACUGUGGCAUCCGGAUGCCCAGGAUCCCGAGGUCGCCAAGUGCCCAACAGAAGCAGAUACAGAUUCCAGAAACAAGGAAAUAAAAAGGGAAAGGGAAGAGCCAGAAGCGCUGGAGAAGACACUUUCUGUGGAUUCUGGAAUUCCUGGGCAGAAGGUCCCCCAACCAUCCUCAGCUGGGUUCCUUUCCGGCUUAGAGAGGCGGUCCAAGGUCCGUCACCGGGGUCGCCCUCCGCUCCGUGCCCACCCAUCUGUCCCACGAGCAGAUCAGCGUCAUGGCUGCUAUGUGUGCGGCAAGAGUUUCGCCUGGCGCUCCACACUGGUGGAGCAUCUCUACACCCACACAGGAGAGAAGCCCUUCUGCUGCCCUGACUGUGGCAAGGGCUUUGGCCGGGCUUCCUCCCUGAGUAAGCACCGGGCCAUCCACCGAGGGGAGCGGCCCCACCGCUGCCCCGACUGUGGCCGGGCCUUCACGCAGCGCUCCGCCCUCACUACCCACCUGCGCGUCCACACCGGCGAGAAGCCCUACCGCUGUGCUGACUGUGGCCGCUGCUUCAGCCAGAGCUCUGCCCUUCACCAGCAUCAGCGGGUGCACAGCGGCAAGACCCCUUUCCCCUGCACAGACUGUGGCCGGGCCUUUGCCCAYGCCUCAGACCUUCGGCGCCAUUUGCGCACCCACACAGGCGAGAAGCCCUACCCAUGCCCAGACUGUGGGCGAUGUUUCCGGCAGAGCUCUGAAAUGGCAGCCCAUAGGCGUACCCAUAGUGGCGAGCGACCCUACCCCUGCCCUCAGUGUGGCAGGUGCUUUGGCCAGAAGUCAGCCAUGGCCAAGCAUCAGUGGGUCCAUCGGCCAGGAGCUGGGGUCCGCAGGGGUCGGGGGGCUGGUGGGUUGCUUGUGACCCUGGAUCCUGGCCCAGGGGACCUGGACCCACCUGUAAGCUUUCAGCUUUAUCCAGAGAUAUUCCAGGAGUGUGGGGGACAGGCAGAGGGUGAAGAUCUAGACCUAAAAUCCUGCUUCCCUGUGAGAAAAUUCAGGUACCAGGGACUAAGGUUCCCAGGGAUUGAGUUAAAUUCAGGCUUUGAGGAGAGUAAAGGGAAGAGACAGGCAGGCGAGUGGCGAGGGCCCAGGUCCCAGGGCACUCAGGCAGGGUCUCAGGAUCGUUCACCAUCGCCACCGCUGCUGCACUGGGAGCUGGCGGGGAUGGAGCGGGAGGCGUCGCCGUGGGGUCUGGAGCCCCGGGAUGUGCAAAGUCCUGACGAAAUGGGGAGCCCCGAAGGGUCCCUCAAAGGCAACUCGAGUGAGAAUGAGGAAGAGGAAAUUUCUCAGCACGAAGGCAGUGGGGACUAUGAAGUUGAAGAGAUACCUUUUGGGCUUGAACCCCAAAGCCCYGGGUUUGAGCCACAAAGCCCAGAGUUUGAAUCCCAAAGCCCCAGGUUUGAGCCUGAAAGCCCGGGGUUCGAGUCCCGAAGCCCUGGCUUUGUGCCCCCAAGCCCCGAGUUUGCACCCAGAAGUCCUGAAUCAGAUCCUCAGAGCCCUGAGUUUGAACCCCAGAGCCCUAGGUAUGAACCCCAAAGCCCUGGCUAUGACCCUAAGAGCCCUGGUUAUGAACCCCGGAGUCCUGGCUAUGAACCCAAGAGUCCUGGGUAUGAACCCAAGAGUCCUGGUUAUGAAUCCCAGAGCCCUGAAUUUGAAUCUCAGAGCUCCAGGUAUGAAUCCCAGAGCCUGGAAUAUGAACCCUCAAACCCUGGAAUUGAACCCCAGAACCCUGGGUUCAAAACCCAAAGCCCCGAAUUUGAGGCUGAAAGUUCUAAAUUCCAGGAAGGUGCAGAGAUGCUUCUGAACCCAGAGGAAAAGAAUUCCUUGAGUAUCCCCUUAGGAGUUCACCCCCUGGACUCCUUCACUCAGGGGUUUGGGGAACAGCCUACAGGAGCCCUGGCCCUGGGGCCACCUUUUGAAAUGCCUACGGGGGCCCUACUGGCAACACCCCAAUUUGAGAUGCUCCAGAAUCCCUUGGGUCUGACAGGGACCCUUCGGGGCCGGCGGGGCGGCCGGGCCAGGGGUGGGCAGGGCCCUCGGCCCAACAUCUGUGGAAUCUGCGGGAAGAGCUUUGGGCGGGGCUCCACUCUCAUCCAGCACCAGCGCAUCCAUACCGGUGAGAAGCCCUAUAAAUGUGAGGUCUGUAGCAAGGCCUUUUCCCAGAGCUCUGACCUCAUCAAACACCAGCGCACCCACACGGGCGAGCGGCCCUACAAGUGUCCCCGUUGCGGCAAGGCCUUCGCUGACAGCUCUUACCUGCUUCGCCACCAGCGYACCCACUCUGGCCAGAAGCCCUACAAGUGCCCCCACUGUGGAAAGGCCUUCGGCGACAGCUCCUACCUCUUGCGGCACCAGCGCACCCACAGCCACGAGCGGCCCUACAGCUGCCCUGAGUGCGGAAAGUGCUAUAGCCAGAACUCGUCCCUGCGUACCCACCAGAGGGUGCACACCGGGCAAAGGCCCUUCAGCUGUGGCAUCUGCGGCAAAAGCUUCUCCCAGMGGUCGGCACUUAUCCCCCAUGCCCGCAGUCACGCCCGUGAGAAGCCCUUCAAGUGCCCGGAGUGCGGCAAGCGCUUUGGCCAAAGCUCUGUGUUGGCCAUUCAUGCCCGCACCCACCUGCCAGGCCGCACCUACAGCUGCCCCGACUGUGGCAAGACCUUCAAUCGCUCCUCCACGCUGAUUCAACACCAGCGCUCACACACGGGCGAGCGGCCCUACAGGUGCGCCGUGUGCGGCAAGGGCUUCUGCCGCUCUUCCACGCUGCUGCAGCAUCACCGGGUCCACAGCGGGGAGCGGCCCUACAAGUGCGAUGACUGUGGAAAGGCCUUCUCUCAGAGCUCCGACCUCAUUCGCCACCAGCGGACCCACGCGGCUGGCCGGCGUUAACCCGGGACCCAUCAGGGGUGGGGAGGCGGUGGGCAGAGGAGAAGGGGACCGGGAGCUAGAGAAACCUUUAGAGAGAUUAGUGGAAGGGUUGAAGGAGAAUGGAAGAAUUGAGCAUCCUACAAGAGGGCCAGGGUGCAGGAAGUUACAUGCCCUAGAGACUUAUGGGAAAUGGGCUAUGAAGAGGGAUUGGAGGGAGGCCAAACAGGCAGCAGGAGGCACUGGGAGAGAUCCAGAAAGAGGUCAGCAGAGAACUGGCCUCAGCAGCAUGCUCCUUCGUGGGUGCCUGGCUUGGCAAAGUGCUAGAUGGGGAGGGGGGGAGGGAGAGGGAGGGCUAAUUAGAGUGGGGUAGUUUAGAUUGGUAGCUGCUGAGACCCUGUUGAGUUUGGAAGGGGUUAAAAGGGUAGGUAGGGUGGGGAUUGGGGCCUUGGGGUAGGGCCUGGGCCUCUUGAGUGCAAACCCCAGCCUGCCUUGUCUUCCUCAGGCUUUGGAGCCCCUGAAUU